UGUAUCCCUAAACCCUGUUUACCCCAGAAAGCUAGAAGUGUGCAGACGGCCAGGAGAGAGAGAGGGAAAAAAAAUUCAGACACAAUAAAACUCCGAUGGGGGGAGAAAAUAUGUAGCAGGCGGAGGAGGGAGCCGCGGCCUGGAGCAGGGAUCGCAAACUUUCGCCUGGGUGAACUUCUCUUCCUCCGCCUGCAGAAUCUGCAACUGCAAGAGACGCCGCCGGACAAGUAUACCAGCAUCUCUGAAGUCUACUUAAAUCACUGACCUUCGGCAUCCUAAGCCCCUGGCAAUCUUUGAAUUAAGCAAGUAAAGGGGACAUGGCACGUUUAACGAAACGGCGGCAAGCAGAUACAAAAGCUAUCCAACAUCUCUGGUCAGCUAUAGAAAUAAUCAGAAACCAGAAGCAAAUUGCUAACAUUGAUCGUAUUACAAAGUAUAUGUCUCGGGUUCAUGGUAUGCAUCCCAAGGAGACCACGCGUCAGCUUAGUUUAGCAGUGAAGGAUGGCCUUGUGGUUGAAACCUUGACAGUGGGAUGUAAGGGAUCAAAAGCUGGUAUUGAGCAAGAAGGAUACUGGCUGCCUGGGGAUGAGAUUGCCUACAGUAUGCAGCCUUUCUCCCGGACAACAGCAAAACUCAAGGACUGGGAGACAGAAACUCAUGACUGGUAUUGUUUUGAAUGCCAUUUGCCUGGAGAGGUGUUGAUAUGUGACCUGUGUUUUCGUGUAUAUCAUUCCAAGUGUUUAUCUGAUGAGUUCAGGCUUAGAGACAGCAGUAGUCACUGGCAAUGCCCAGUUUGCAGGAGCAUUAAGAAGAAGAACACCAGUAAGCAGGAGAUGAGCACAUACUUGCGCUUCAUUGUGUCCCGGAUGAAGGAACGAGCUAUUGAUCUAAACAAAAAAGGCAAGGACAACAAACAUCCAAUGUAUCGUCGGCUAGUACACACAGCCGUUGAUGUUCCAACUAUACAAGAGAAAGUAAAUGAAGGAAAAUAUAGAAGUUAUGAGGAAUUCAAAGCAGAUGCUCAGCUGCUUCUCCACAACACCGUGAUUUUUUAUGGAGUGGACAGUGAACAAGCUGAUAUAGCCAGGAUGCUUUACAAAGAUACCUGCCAUGAGCUGGAUGAACUUCAGCUUUGCAAGAACUGCUUUUAUCUAUCAAACGCGCGUCCUGACAAUUGGUUCUGCUAUCCUUGCAUACCAAAUCAUGAACUGGUUUGGGCCAAAAUGAAAGGCUUUGGGUUCUGGCCUGCGAAAGUCAUGCAAAAAGAGGACAAUCAAGUUGACGUUCGCUUUUUUGGCCACCACCACCAAAGGGCCUGGAUUCCUUCAGAAAAUAUUCAGGAUAUCACUGUUAAUAUACACCGGCUGCACGUAAAGCGCAGCAUGGGCUGGAAAAAAGCGUGCGAUGAGCUAGAGCUGCAUCAACGUUUCCUUCGGGAUGGCAGAUUCUGGAAAUCAAAAAAUGAGGAUAAAGGAGAGGAAGAAGCAGAAUCAAGCAUUUCUUCUACCAGUAAUGAGCAACUAAAGGUUACUCCGGAGCCACGAGCAAAGAAAGCAAGACGCAAUCAAGGUGUGGAACCCAAAAAGGAAGUAAGGAACAGCAUGGCAAUUAAAUACAUGCACUUGUGGGAGCCAGAGCCUGAAACGGAAGCAGUAAGUUCAAGUCAGGAAAUUCCCACAAUGCCUCAACCUAUUGAAAAAAUUUCAGUCUCAACCCAGACCAAGAAAUUAAGUGCCUCUUCCCCUAAAAUGCUGCACCGGAGCACCCAGACGAAUAACGACGGCGUGUGUCAAAACAUGUGCCAUGAAAAAUAUACCAAAAUCUUCAGUGACUUCAAGGAUAGAAUCAAGGCUGAUCACAAGAGGGAAACAGAGCGGGUUGUGAGGGAAGCUAUUGAGAAGCUGCGUACGGAAAUGGAGGAGGAAAAGAGGCAGGCUGUGAACAAAGCAGUCGCAAACAUGCAGACCGAGUGUGACCGGAAGACGAAGCAGGUGAAGGAGAAAUGCAAGGAGGAGUUUUUAGAAGAAGUCAAGAAGCUAGCCAGCCAGCACAAACAACUGAUAUCUCAGACCAAGAAGAAGCAAUGGUGCUACAACUGUGAAGAGGAGGCCAUGUAUCACUGCUGUUGGAACACUUCCUACUGCUCGAUCAAGUGCCAGCAGGAGCACUGGCACGCGGAGCACAAACGCACCUGCCGUCGGAAAAGAUGAAAUCCCCUCGCCCCGCCAAGCCGUUGCCCCGAUUCAGUGCUCUCCUCCGAUGCAGCAGGUGCUGGGGAGCUUCUCUGGUUUUUAAUGUUGAUUUCCAAGGGGUCAGAAUUAAUGUGAAUUCACUCCCCAUUCUUAUUAAAUAUUAUUAUUAUUAUUAUUAUUUUUGCACCAGCCUUGAAAACACCUUUUCGUAAAUAACUUUUUGCACAGUUAAAUUUCAGUCCCGUGUUUUAACAUGCUCUGCUUCAGAUUGUCAUCUCCUCGUAGCGCCCGCUUCCCCUUUCUUUUUGUCAGUCAGGCAAUUUGAACCUCAGCUGGAGCACGUUACUUUUUGAUAAAUUUUAACUGAGGAAAUUUGUUGCAUUUUCAGCAAGUUAAAAAAAAGAAAAGAAAAGUUUUUAGGACUCCAAGAGACAAAGAGAGGUGACAGGAACAUUUUAAAGAGACCUGAAUGUAAGAAAUUUAGAAACGUUUAGGAAAAAAAAAACAUACUACCUGGAUGUAACCCAUGUUAAUCAUUUGAGCUGGUUUUGUUCAGCUUAAUUUACUGCUUCAAGGUGUUAUCUGUUGGCUUGUACCAGUGGGUAUACAAUUGAAUUUUGGGAACAGGGUUGACACAGCAGGUGCUAGUCCUGCCAUUUCUUAAUGUUCUUUUCCCAAUUGUGUUGGUUCCAUUAUUAUUUUUCUUCAAUAUAUAGCUUUUAUAAUGAAAAUAUUAGCUUUGAUCUUAUUGUUUAAAAAUCACCAGGGACUGGGGUAGGCUUUUGCCGAGCCAGAUCUUAGGGGGAAAAAAGAGUAAUAUUUAAAUUUUAAAUUUUUGCACAUUUCAUCCUUCUUAAUAUGAAUACUUGUAAAAAGAAAGCCAAAAAACUGAAAAAAAAGAA